AUGUCGUCCGCCGUCGCCCGGUCGCUCCGGUCAGCUCCCGCGUCCGCCCGCCGGCUCCCCGGCCGCGCGGUCUUGUCUCGCGCGCGCUCGACGGCGGCGGUCGGCGUCGCCGACGACGCCGAGCCGCAGGGCUCCCUCUUCAACCCGACCGCGGAGCACUAUGCGCUCCGCGAGCUGUGCGCCGCGUUCGUGCGGGACGAGGUGGAGCCGCAGGCGCUCGAGUUCAACCGGGCGGAGCG